AGAAGAGACAGACACAGGCUCGCCACAUAGUAGUCGGCGCCGGAAGCACUAAAAACAAGAGCUUCGUGAUUUGCAGACGCGCCGCCGCUGGCACGAGAGCGUGAUUUCCCGUCGCCUGCCUCCCCAAUCUUCACUCACGACCACCUUGUUGUGUCUGACUCGUUUGUGCGCCUUUGAAAGGUUGCCUCUGUGAUUGCAAGGACGACACGACACGAGACACGACAGCCAUGUCCGAUAUUAGACGUAGUGGUCGCGCGACCAAGGGUCAACACAAAGGCUUAGAGCCCGCCGAAGUAACAACACCCAAGAACAAGAAAGGCACCGCCACCGCCUCCCACAAGAAGAGCAAUAAGAAGUCGGCAGAGCCCGAACCCGAACUCGAUGUCGAUGAAGGCGAUGAAGAAGCCGCCGAGGAUGUGAUCCGCUGUGUAUGCGGCGACACCAAGGACGACGAGAUUGGCCGCCAAUACAUCAGCUGUGACACGUGCGAAGUAUGGCAGCACAAUGUUUGUAUGGGUGUGCCGUUGGAGGAAGAGAGGCAGCCCGAACACUACUUCUGCGAGAUAUGCGGACCAGAAGACCACAAGGAGUUGCUGGACGCCAUGGCGCGUGGAGAGCAGCUGUGGCAGACUCGCAUCAAUGACCACGAGGCCGAGAAGCGACGCAAGCGCAACGAGAAGAAGCGCCCUAAGAGUCGCCAAAGCAAAGCUGCCCGUCAGAGUGAAGUCAAGUCCGAAGCUCCCGCCAGCGAGAAGGCCAGCCCUGCUCCUGCUCCCACGCCUGCACCCGCUGCAUCGAUUCCUCCUCCUACCUCGCAAGACUCGGCACCUGCUGCUGGCAGCAAGCGCAAGUUCGAAGAGGAGACUCCUCAGAAGGAGGAGCCGGCUGUAGCAGCAGAGGCUCAACCCGAGGCACCGGAACCGACAAGAUCAGUAUCUUCAUCAGCUUCGCAGUCGAAGCGUCGCAAGUCGGAGCAAAAGAAGGAAGAAAAGAUUGACGCCGACACAGCCCUUGUGGACAUUAAGCAUCUACCCAAGGAGAGACAGAACCCUGCUCAGGCAUUGGUCAAGGUCUUUGGUGAUGUUGUGCGCGAAAGAAUUACUUCUGGUUCCUACAGUCUUGGUCAAGGCGAAAACGCCGAAUCAGUCAGCCACCACAAUGCUACACGCAUCGAGUACGAAUUGUACCAAGUCUAUGGCGCACCCCCUUCGUCGCAAGGCUACACCCAGCAGUUCAGGGCCAUUCACGCCAACAUGAAGAAGAACCCCAUGCUCGUACAGCGUAUGCUCGAUGGCUCCCUGACCGCCCAUGGUCUCGCGACAAUGUCAACCCAAGACAUGGCUAGCGAAGAACUGCAGAAGCAACGUCAACUCCUCAAGGAAGAGGCAGACAAGCAGGCUGUCAUGAUGCGCGAUGACGAAGACGACAAACCCAGAGUUCGUCGCACCCACAAAGGCGAUGAAUACAUCGAUGACCAAGCCGAGAACACGCACGAAUCCGUCUUCACAUCAGCUCCCGUACGUUCAAGAGAAGAGACGGACAAGCCACCUACCCCCGAUGCCGAUGCGCAUACCACUGCCGGUGCCGCUGCAUCGCCCGAUGCCAUGGAUAUUGACCGCCGCGAGUCAAACUUCGACAUCAACUCAGUCUGGGCAAAGACACCGGCUGAUCAGCAAGCACAACCCACACGUAGACGCAGCUCUUUCGCAAAGACUCAGACUCCUCAAGAGAAGGGCGAAAAGCACGAUGCUGAUGUUGAUCGCAUGCUGGCGGACGACAAUGAAACCGACUAUGCUCCACCUGAAGCUGACGGCGUUGUCUGGAAGGGCCAGCUCAUACAGCCCGGAGUUACCGAGUUUACUGCCUGUGCUCGACACGCUGCAGGUAACGACUUCGGCCAAUUCAUGCCCUGGACUGAAGUGCUUCCUCCUGUUCUCGAGAUCGAGGGCCGUCUGGACGCAAAGCGCGCUGACGACUACCUCUGUGGUCUGCAGUGGAGCAAGAAGAGCGACGUGUCUGUACUCGCUCUGACGCCAUACGACAAUCGUGCUGCUUUCGACCAGAUCUUUGACUACUUCGCUUCUCGCGGUCGUUACGCUGUUAUUGGCAAGGGUCGCGGCAUGUCUUCGAUUGUCAAGGAUGUCUACAUCACCCCUGUCGGCCCUGGUCACAAUCUACCGCCUCACAUCAACCUGCUGGAGUACAACUCACUGGAUCCCAACGUCCCCGAGCGUAUGCUUGUUGUUACAUUUGUCGUCAACAAGCCCGAUCACUGGGACAACCUUGCGGUACGCGACGCUCCCCAGCCAAUCGGCGCCAGCCCUGUGAAUGGUAACAACACACACGGCCCGCAAUUCUCGCCUCGUCCUCCCCAAGGAUUCACACCCAUGCAGAAUGGUCACUCUCAACAGCAGUUUGGCGGUGCUCCCAUGCCUCCCAACCCCUAUUCAGGACAACCUCCUGCCUCGCAGCAGGCCUAUGCCGCACCCAACUCUGGCGCUGGAGCAUACCCAUCGCCCUCGCCUCAGCUACCUCCCCAUCCGAAUCCGAUGGUUCAUGGUAUUCUAGGCGCCCUAGCCCAUACGCCUGUCGUUGCUCAGAUUUUGAGUGCUGCUGGAAAUAACGUAGAGGAGCACGUAUUGCUUAACAUGCGCGAUAUACUCGCUUCCGAUCCUGCAGCACGCGAGGACUUGACUAUAUUCUCGCAGCGUCUAGCUGGUAUGGGCACACAGGGCACUCAACAGGGAUAGAAGUCCUGCGGUGUUGUUCAUGCAAAGCUUAUGUCUGAGGAGAAGCAAGCUAUCGGUGGCGCUGGCGCUGUCAAUGCCGCCCUCAAGCGGAUCGAUAAGCAGCAGCGUCUGGUGGAUCAAUUGCUCCUUCGACGCACUU